AUGAAUAGCCUCAAUUUAUUGCUAACAAACAUCAACGAUGCCACUGUUGCUCAUCUAUCUAUCUAUCUAUCUAUCUAUCUAUCUAUCUAUCUAUCUAUCUAUCUAUCUAUCUAUCUUAGUCUGGUUAUAUCUAUCGAUCCUUUUUUAAACAGUGAUCCUAAUCUAUUCAAAAAUAUAAAUCUAAUUUACUUCUCUCUCUCUCUUUCUCUCUCUCUCUCUCUUCUGGAUAUAUCUAUCGAUCCUUAUUUAAACAGUGAUCCUAAUCUAUUCAAAACUAUAAAUCUAAUUUACUUAUUUAUCUCUCUUUCUCUCUCUCUCUCUCUCUCUCUGUCUGUUUAUAUCUCUAUCCAUCCUAAUCUAUCUAUCUAUCUAUCUAUCUAUCUAUCUACCUAUCUAUCUAUCUAUCUAUCUAUCUAUCUUAGUCUGGUUAUAUCUAUCGAUCCUUAUUUAAACAGUGAUCCUAAUCUAUUCAAAACUAUAAAUCUAAUUUACUUCUCUCUCUCUUUCUCUCUCUCUCUAUCUAUAUCUCUAUCCAUCCUAAUCUAUCUAUCUAUCUAUCUAUCUAUCUAUCUAUCUAUCUAUCCUAUCUGUUCAAAAGUAUCUAUCAUAUUUUUUUAUCUAUCUAUCUAUCUAUCUAUCUACCACGAGCCUGAGUUUGGAUAUUCCAACCACAAUGCAACACCUCAUUACCCUAAAAAAAGAGAAGUUCAGUAUUUUCUUAUUCUCAUCUCAUACCUUUCUUCGUUAUUCCUUCUUUUUUCAACCCUAAAUAUUUAUUCUUUUAUUCGAUCCUUUUCAUUCCAUGUUCCUAUUCCAAUCCUUUGGUCCUUAUUUCUUUUUUUUUCUAAAAAUCUAUUCCUAUAUUCUCUCUUUUCUUAUUCUUAUCGCAUAUUUUCUUCCGUAUUCUUUUCUUUUCCUCUAACUAUUUAUUCUUGCAUUCUAAUAUUCUUCUUUAUCUAUAUAUCAUAUCUUUUUUUCAUUAUUCCUUUCUUUUUUGCGUCUAAAUAUUUAUUCCUGUAUUCUGUUAUCCCCUUUUAUUUCUAUCUUAUAGGUUUAUUCCUUAUGCUUCAUUCUUCUAAUCUCUUAACUUCCAUCUUUACUCUUUUCUUUUCUUAUAUUUAUUUAUUCUUGCAUUCUGCUAUUCUUCUUCAUUAUUAUAUUAUAGCUUUCUUAAUUAUUAUUUUCUUCUUUGCCGCUAAUUAUUUAUUCCUGUAUUCUGUUUUUCCUCAUCAUUCCGAUGUCAACGUUUCCUCUCUUUCCUUAUUCCUAUCGCACAUUUUCUUACUUAUUCUUUCCUUUUCGUCUUUUUUUACGGUGUUUUGUUCUUUUUCUUUCUAUCUCAUAGCUUUUGUACACUGUCUUCUUCUACAAUAG